AUGGCAGAAAGACCAAAAGCCCUCAUAGUUGGCGCGGGGAUAGCCGGGUUGGCAGCAGCCUGGUGGCUCGACAAAGCCGGCUGGAGCUCAGUCAUUAUCGAAAAGGCUCCCGGGAUCCGAGACGGCGGCUACAUCGUCAGCCUGUCCGGGCCGUGCCGCGACACAGUCGAGCGCAUGGACCUGGGGCCACGCCUGAGCGAGGUAUCCUACAAGUUCGACGAGAACGUGCUCAGCGACGUUCACGGGCGGCGGCUCUUGCGGCUCCGGUACAAAGACGUCCAUGGAGGCGUGGACAGCCUCGCGUUGUGCCGAGGCGACCUAGCACGGGCCCUGCUCGACGCAUUGCCUACCAGCGUAGACAUACGAUUCGACGAGACGCUCGAAGAUGCGGUACUUCGCGACGAUAAAGUGACGGCAACACUGAAAAGUGGCACAGUUAUCGAGGCAGACUUGCUCAUCGGCGCCGACGGCAUCCGGUCCUUCACGAGAGACCGGUUCUGGAAAGAGGCAGACUGCCUGGAACACCUCGGCUACAUGUACGGUGUUUAUGACGUGGAAGGGAAUACCGAGCUCGGUUCUGACUGUGUAUCUUUCAACAGCCCUGGUCACCUGGAUGUGCUUUAUCGGCUACGCAAUGAUAGGCUGGCGGCGCUUCACAUAUGGCGAGAUGAUGGGGUCAAGCUUCACGACCGACAGGGCAAACCCAGGGUGAUCCGCGACGCCACAGCCGGAAGGAAUAUCACACUUAUCAAAGAUGUCCUGGACCGUGCGGAGAAGACUGGAUACACCCCGCUCAUCGACAGCCUCACAAUGGUGGACCUCCAAAGCUGGUCUCAGGGGCGGGUCGUGCUGCUGGGUGACGCUGCUCACUGCCUCACACUGAUGUCGGGCCAGGGAGCCGGCAUGGCUCUCGUGUCCGCAGAGAUACUAGGCAAGGAGCUGAUGAGGACGAGCGAUGUGGCUGAGGCCCUCGCCAGCCACGAGCGGAAGCUGCGACCCGUCAUUGAACGGCUUCAGGACCGCAGCCGCAGGAUGGCCGCCAUGUACAUACCGAAGAGCACCUUCAGCUACUACUUGCGCAAUCUGCUUUUGAAGAUCAUGCCCUACUCGUGGAUUGUUUCAUGGCAUGUCAACAGCACCAAGUCGGAGAUAGAAUUGAUGCAAAGCUGA